AAAUGGUGACUAGAUUAGAAAACAUUAGGCAGAUUUCAGCGUCAAGCCUGCACUCCCGGCUCUUAGAACUACAUUUCCCAUGAAGAUGUACUACAUUUCCCAUGAGGCCCCGGACGCGCGCGUAGAAAACGCAAAGGGACAGCUUCCUGUCUCGAGAAAAGCUGCGUGGCCGACGACCGGAAGAUAGGGUGGAUCUCUAUGAUUUGUUUAUUCCUGAGGUUGUCUUAUCAUGGCUGAAAAUGACAUAGAAAGAAUCCAGACUGAGAAACUCCUAAAAAGAGUGCAAGAACUGGAGCAGGAGGUACAGAGACUUAAAAAAGAACAGGCCAACAACAAGGACUCAAACGUUAGAGAAAAUUCUUCAGGAGCUGUAAAAGCUAAGCGUGCAUUUGAUUUCAGCGCUCACGGUCGAAGACACGUAGCCCUAAAGAUAGCCUAUCUGGGCUGGGGAUAUCAGGGCUUUGCCAGUCAGGAAAACACAAACAAUACAAUAGAAGAGAAACUGUUUGAGGCUCUAACCAAGACUCGACUAGUAGAAAACAGACAGACAUCCAACUAUCACCGGUGUGGGCGAACAGACAAAGGAGUUAGUGCCUUUGGACAGGUGAUUUCUCUUGACCUACGUUCUCACUUUCCAAAGGGCAGGGAUUCAGAGGAUUUUAAUUUAAAUGAUGAAGUCAACGAUGCGGCUAUAGAGAUCCGUUAUACCCACAUUCUCAAUCGGGUGCUCCCUCCAGACAUCCGUGUACUGGCCUGGGCUCCCGUAGAACCUAGCUUCAGUGCUAGGUUCAGCUGUCUUGAGAGGACCUACCGCUAUUUCUUCCCUUGUGCUGACUUAGACAUUGUAAGCAUGAACAAUGCAGCUCAGAAGUACGUUGGCACACAUGAUUUUAGGAACUUAUGUAAAAUGGAUGUAGCCAACGGGGUGAUUAAUUUUCAGAGGACUAUUCUGUCUGCUCAAGUGCAGCUAGUAGGCCAGAGCCUGGCUGAGGAGAGAUGGCAAGAACCCUUUCAGUUAUGUCAGUUUGAAGUGAUUGGCCAGGCAUUCCUUUACCAUCAAGUCCGCUGUAUGAUGGCUAUCCUUUUUCUGAUUGGCCAAGGAAUGGAGAAGCCAGAGGUUAUUGAUGAGCUGCUGAACAUAGAGAAAAAUCCCCAGAAGCCUCAAUACAGUAUGGCUGUAGAAUUUCCUUUAGUCUUGUAUGACUGUAAGUUUGAAAAUAUUAAGUGGAUCUAUGACCGGGAAGUUCAGGAGUUCAAUGUUACCCACCUUCAGCAACUGUGGGCUAAUCAUGCUGUUAAAACUCAGAUGUUGUAUAGUAUGCUACAAGGACUGGACUCUGUUGCGGUACCCUGUAGGACAGGACCAAAGAUGGAUGGAGUGAUAGAAUGGAGAAAUGUUAAGCCCUCUAUCAUAAAGCAGACCAGUGCCUUUGUAGAAGGAGUGAAAAUGCGCACUUAUAAGCCCCUAAUGGAUCGUCCUAAAUGCCAAGGAUUAGAAUCCCGGAUCCAGCAUUUUGUACGUAGGGGACGCAUUGAGCACCCACAUUUAUUCCAUGACGAAGAAACAAAAGCCAAAAGGGACUGUAAUGACACACUAGAAGAAAAUACUAUUUUGGAGAAACCAACAAAGAGGGUUUGUGUUGAUACAGAAAUUAAAAGCAUUAUUUAACCAUAGAGAACUCACCAAGAUCUAGGAGGCAACAAAACACCAUUAGGCUAAAGAAGUUCUUGCUUGAAUAAGAAAGAAUUUAAACAUUCUUUCAUUCCUGUCCAAGAGAAUUAGAGAUGGAAGAAGCAAAAAGUAAUUUUUAAAUGGACAUAUAUUUACAUACACCUGGAAACCUGUGCCUUUUGUUCAAAUUCAUUAAAGCCAGAUCCUGCAAGU